CCCACGAAAACUCGUGUCCGCGAUAAAGGAAGAACGCGUGGACUCCACAAGGUGGUAGAAAAGGCAGGCGUGCUCCUUUAUCCCCCGUCACAGACUCAACAAACGGCUGCCAGACUACUUGGCUGAUUCCAGUCACCGUAUAUAGAAAGCUCCUGCGACAAAAGCCACACAGACGACGAUGGCAAUGGGGCACCCGACGUUCUUGUUCGCCGUGUUCGUCGCGACAGUCACCGCGUCCAUGACGUCAGCGGCACUGUUCGCCAGUCCAGGCGGACCACCCGCCAAUCCACCGCCACCGGGUGUCGGAGGCAGCCCCGGCGCGUUCGGAGGAUUCGGCGGUGGUGCCCCACCGGGUGGCGCACCUCCCGGUGGAGCUGGCGGUGCACCUGCCGGCGGUCUACCCUCCGAUCCCAGCUGCCCGCCAACCGACGGCAUGGUUCCUCUCUACGUACCAGAUCCGGACGACUGCACCAAGUACACCGUCUGCAGCGCAGGCUUCGGCAUGAAAUUGGAUUGUGCGCCGGGACUGCACUUCAACAAAGUCACCAACCACUGCGACUUCCCGCCUCUCGCCGGUUGUGAAGUCAGCGCGUGAUCGGACUCGCGAUGAUGACGCGUACCUACGGAACCUGUACACGACGACGUGUCAGUGCCGUAGACCUUCUUGAGCAUUGAUGAUAGCUUUAGCUUGUCCGUGUACGUGUUACCGUUCACGCGAUACAGAAUAAUGAAUGCGUAUAUGGCAGUGCCGGAGUCGCCACCUUGCGACGUUGAGUCUAAGCAGAGUGCAUUAAGUUGUAACUGCUCAAUGAUUGGCAAUGCACAACACAGCUGCUACAGCCCAAAGGCGUUGGCAGCAUCCUAAUCACCGAAUGUACAAAUGCUCUCUUCUUUUCCUGUGAGUAGAACAAUGACUCAACGUUUAAUUAUGACGCUUUACGAUUACAAAAACUGCCACAAGAUAUCGCUACCCGCUGUGCUGCCGCCGCCCAUGUUUCUAUUAUGGUAUUACUUAAACUGCACAAUCUUUAUGACAGAAUAAAGCUAUACGCACUUUUCUGAUGCGAAAAGCGUGGAAGGCCGUGUACUCCAAAAUGCGUGAUUCAGGAAAUGCGCUUCGCAGUAAGUCUUUCAAUUUUUGUCGUCUUUCCAGCGUUAAGUUGCUACCAACAUUUAUUCCAUGUUGUCGGCCUUUAUCAUAACAUAACAUUCGAACUUUCGAGCAAUGAAUUUAAGCUUGAUGGUGUUAUUGGGGCUUCCUGAACUGCAUUUUUAUUGUGUAAAUAGCAAUUCAUCGGAAAUAAACAGUUCGAGCUU